UUUUGUCGUUCGUUUAGUCCGCGUUUCUAUUCUCACGAAAAGUCACUUUCAUGCUGACAAUCGAUCAAACUUUCCUUGAGCACAAAACUCUCCGUCCGCUCAUGCUGUUCUGUUUGAUGAGAGCACGUCUCUUUCUCAUCCAUUCUUCUAUUCUUCAUUUUCCACACAAGCGACCUGCACCAAUUCGAAGAAUACCGAGAAAGUCAAUGCAGUAAUUGAAACGCCGAAUUUCAUGUCUCCUUCCGGCCACGCUCUCAAAUGCCUCGCCGUUCCCAAGAAGGCGGUGAUCUCUGUGCCAUCUUCAUACACGCCGGAGCUGGAUAUCACAGUCAUGCAAACGAGAGGAUUCAUCUCACUGCAGUCAAUGAUGCUGCCAAGGUUGGGAUGGCUGUUCUGAAAAAUGGGGGAGAUGCCACCGAUGCUGUUGAGAUGGCCAUUAGGCUACUCGAAGAUAAAGAGAUCACAAACGCUGGAUAUGGAAGUAAUCUGACCAUGGACGGUCAAGUCGAAUGCGAUGCCACCAUGGUUGAUUACCUGGGACGCAGCGGCGCUGUCGGGGCCAUAUCCCAGGUCAAGAACCCAAUCGUCGUCGCCCGGCUCGUCCUUGAAGAAUCCACCAAGCCUCUAUCCCUCCAACGUGUCCCACCCAACCUCCUGGUAGGUGCUGGAGCCACGGACUACGCAGCUGAUAAAGGGGUACCGGUCUUGCCACCGGACUUUCUCGUGUCCGUCAAUGCUCGUGAACGCUGGCUGCGAUGGAGACAAGAUUUGAGAGAUGCGGACGAAAAGGAGGCACGGAGACUCGCACAAGCUCAGGCACGAACCGAAAACCCGACCGAGUGGGAAGAUGUCCAUUCUGCGGCCGCUGGACCAGGCUUCAGCUCUGCCAAUUCGACCGCCUCUACAUCGACUGUGCAGCCACGUCCAGGCCUAUCAGCGUUGCCGGCGUUGGUGCGGCCUCUGGUCGCGUCAACUGCCGAUGUCCCAACCUUAGCACGUCCAGGUGAUGACGGGACCAUCAGGGAGCCAAUGGAAAGUGGCUUUGACUCAAGCGAUCAGCAAGAGGAUGCAAUGGAUGAUACUUUGCCAUGGAUCAUGUCACCUCCAAAACGGCAGAGGAUGGAAGGAUCAUUUGAUGGUCUGAUGGGAGAAGAUUACAAGGACUUGUUGCAAAGUUCGUCGUCGUCGGAUACUUUGACAGGCUACACGCAUCACCAUGAUGAUGGCCGGGACGACGAAAUCACAGAUACGGUGGGAGCAAUAGCGGUGGAUUGCUUUGGCCACAUAGCAGCUGGCUCUUCUUCUGGAGGGAUUGGCAUGAAACACCGAGGUAGAUGUGGUCCCGCAGCGCUGGUAGGAAUCGGCACUGCGGUCCUUCCUGCUGAUCCGCAAGAUGCAACGCAGACCUGUGUAGCCACGGUUACGAGUGGGACAGGUGAGCAUAUGGCCACCACCACGGCAGCCGCUACGGCUGCGGAUCGAAUCUACAGUUCUAUGCGCAAAGAAAACGGACGACUCAUGCCGUGCAACGAAGAUGAAGCAAUGCGUGGGGUGAUUGAACAUGAUUUCAUGGCACACCCUGGAGUUGUGCACAGUCACUGCACGGGAGCGAUCGGCAUCCUAGGCGUGAAGAAGUGUCGAGAUGGAAUUUACUUCUACUUUGGGCACAACACCGAUUCGUUUGCGAUAGCUUCGAUGCAUUCGGAAGAACGAAAACCGGUGUGCACCAUGUCACGCAGCCGUGGUCAGGGAGCGGUCGCACAAGGUGGAAGGCUGGCUCGAUCUAAACAUGCGCGCAUCCGCUGAUUGGUCAUGUGCACAGAGUUGAAGAGCAAGAGUCUGGGAACGUCUAGCGUGGGGAGAUCACCUAUGGAUCAGGAGCAGGACGAAAACGGUGAAGGAGACAAGCAAGGCGCUGGG